UUCAUCGAUCAUUCUGCACUUUUCCAAUAUUUUAAUUUUCGCCUAUUAAGGCAACAUGAAAUAAUUUCUCGAUGUAUUACGAUUUUUAAAAAGAAAUUUACGAAAAACCAACCUAUCGGAAAUGAAAGCCUGACGUAAAAGAAUAUGACAGCCGUCAGAAAGAAACGUCAAUGCCAUUUUACAUUUGUUGACAUUUUAACCCUGAACUCAUAAUGUGCGACGCGACAUAAAGUGCGUAUUAGAAAUGUAUGAAAACAAAAGAGCAGCGCCAUCUUGUAGUCAAAUAUUAAGCUAGCAGAUGAUUUGGAUAGUGUGUAAACAAUACAAAUGUAUUAUAGUAGAAAUGAUAAAUAUUAUUUUUUCUCUUUUAGGAGUUGGGUUGCUUUGGGGCGCAACUAAUCCUUUCAUACGACGUGGUAGCGCAGGUAUUGAUACAAUUGAUACCGGUUCAAGAUGGCACAAUCUUUGGAUGGAGCUUUGUAUGAUAGGAUCAAGACUGAACUACUGGAUUCCUUUUAUCUUAAAUCAAUUAGGCAGCGUGCUUUAUGUGUGGACACUGCAACAUGCUAAUAUUACUCUAGCUGUGCCCAUUGCAAAUUCGCUAAGCUUCGCGUUUACUGCUGUGACAGGUUAUUGCUUAGGAGAAAGAUUACCCGGAAAAUCGGUUCUAAUUGGCACGUUAAUGGUGUGCUUUGGAACUACAUUAAUGUUAUAUGACAAAGUGCUUAGUGAAUGAAAAGCUUAAAAAUCAUAUUUUUCUUGAUAGACAUAUAUUACAAUAAUAAAAGUAUUUCUUUAUACUGUAAAAGUAUUUCUAUAUAA